AGCCGUAGCUCAUCGCCUGUCGACACCACACGCGGCUCGUUGCGCAGUCAUUUCUCCUGGGAGGGAUUGAAUCGGUGUAAACGUCUAACGUGGCUGUCCUGUUCAGGUCGAAGUCGCUUUACUUGAGCCCGACGUGUGUGUGUGUGAAAAUGAAAGCGCUUUAAAAGUCCACUGGAGUGACGUUCCGCUGGGGUUUUCCGUGUUUCUCCUCUUUCACUUCGUCCGGCGUUGCCACUUGUUAUGAAGUGGAGGACCCACGGCUUCUAUGUAGGUUCAGAAAUGCCCCAACAUAAUAUGGAAACCUCCAGGGGCCAGUGGCAGCAGGGUUUGCAGACGGUGUGGAUCACCAGAGUGAUUGGAGGCCAAAGUCCCGCCUCCUCUGGGGCGGAAUCGGAUACAGAGAGCAGCAGCACAGAGAGCGAGAAGCCCUGCGUUAAAAAGCUGGAGGUGAGCUCCCUGAAGGUCCAGCCAUCGCCUUUGAUGCUCCAACAGAAAAUCACAGAGAUCAACCAACAGAAGGAGGAACUAGAGAUUGAGCUGCAGCUGGAGAUCGCCCUGUUGCAGGGCGAGCUGCAGUCUGAGAAGAACCAGCUGCACAGACACGUACUGAAGCUACAGGCUCUGCAGCAGGAGGCCAGGCAAAGAGGGAAGCACAGACACAUUGACAGACAAAAGGAGCGACAGAGUCUAGAAGAGGAGAGGCACAGGGUGGAGGAGUUGAAGAGGAGGUGCGAGGAGAGCGAAAAACAUAUCCCCAGUCAGCCAGAGAGCCAGAGAGAACAGCUGAUGCUGCAGCUGCAGCAGGAGAAGGAGGUGAUGGAAGCGGCGGUUCGGGCCUUUGAGGACUGGGAGUUUCGUGUUCUGGAGCGAGAGAGUGGCACCGAUGAGGAGGUCGAAAGUGCGGCAGGAAAAGACCUGGAGGGAGAGAAUGAAACUGAAAUGGAGAAAGAAAUCUCAUGUCAGCAGCUUGUGGUCAACACAGCACAGGAGCAAGUUGAGCAGUUAGAGAGACAGCUGAAGGAGAUGGAGCAGGAGAAGGACAGGGAGCUGAGUGCCUUGAGGAAAGAGAGGAGGGACCUCAUCCACACAACUCAAAGUGUUCACAAAGAAAAGGAGCUGCUAACUGAUUGGUCAAACAUCGACAGUUCUGCUUCCUGCAUGAUGUCACUUUCCCCGCUGGGGGUUCACAAGCCUCCUCAGGAACCAAGCAAAGAAUCCACCAGUUUGCCCAGAAGACGGAAUUUGCAUCGUAACAUCAAACUCAACGACAGGCCAGUCUCAGCACAGGGGUUGGUGUGCAUGCUUCCAGACAGCCAGAACCCAGAAGCUUUCACUUCCCCCCUCCCCUUCCAGAGGCUCAGCAAUGGGUACAGCAGCUGGCACAAACCUGGGACCAGCAACGGUGGUGGGCUCCUCACUCGGUCCAACAGUGCAGCAAGCUCUCACACUGCCAGCCCGUGCCUGUUGGAGCUUGUGGAAAUGGAGAAGAAACUGAAGGAAGCUAAGGCAGAGAGAGAGAGGCUGCUCAGAGAGAGGGAAGAGAGACGGCAGACGAUGUUGAAGGAGAGAAGGCAGAGAGAGCUCAGUUCUCCCAAAGCGGAACCAGCAGAGCAAGAGCCCCAACAAAGACCAGAGCCUGAACCAAAUGAGCAACCAAAGGCCAGUUCUCCCCCAAACUCCUCACAGCAGCGCAGCCUGCCCCUUUUCCUCUCUCCGAACUUUGACCUCAGGGCCCAUGUGGAGUCUCUGGGUCACGGUGUGGCCGGCUGCACGGACCUCCGGCUAACGUCUCGGCGCUGCGCAGGCUUCUUGACCAAACGAGGGGGCAGGGUCAAGACCUGGAAGAAGAGAUGGUUCCUGUUUGACAUGGACCACAGACGAUUAGCCUACUAUACAGACUGUGAUGAGAGGAAGCUAAAGGGAGUCAUCUACUUCCAGGCUAUAGAAGAAGUUUACUAUGACCAUCUACGGACUGCCACAUCCUCUCCACGGCCCAGUCUGACGUUCUGUGUGAAGACAUAUGACCGUCUUUUUUUUCUGGUUGCGUCCAAUGCCAUAUCCAUGCGGAUUUGGAUGGACGUCAUUGUCACUGCAACAGAUGAGCACUGCCGCUAUUGAAUUUAUUUAUUUUUUUAAAUAUGACUGUAGAAUUCUUGAGUGAAGCUACUGGGCAGAUAAUGCAGUGAGUCAUUUGCUCCAGUCUGAAGGGCUGGUUUGGCUGAGAUCCACCUCAGGGACGAUUCUGGAUCUGUGGAUAAAGUUUGUGAAAUUUGGAGGCGCGGUGGUUCGAGGGGCCAAUCCGAUGUGCUUGAACAGAAAGGAGGAACUGUCACUGAAAGAGUGAUGCUGCGGUGGUGACAGAGGUUGACUACUGAACCAGCUUCAAACCACAAGCUGAUUUACACACCAGCCCUCACACUGGGUGUCUGUUACAGGAUGGUUUUACUCUUUGAGCCUAGCCUCCCCCUGCUGGUCACAGUUGAGCAUUACAGAACUAGUGUACGCUGCAGGGAUACACUACAACAAGGAGUUGAACACAGUGAUGGCAACACCUGCGAAAUAUUAAUCCACAUCCUGUAUCAUCUUCUUCUUUUUUUCCAGUAAAGAUAAUGUACAGUCAAUUUUCAUGGAUUAAGUUAUUUGAAAAUGUAUAUGGGUUUGAUAUAAAUAAAUGAAGGCGCACACUGCUGUGAAUGCACAAUUAAAUGCUUUAUUCACAAAACAUAC